UUCAAUAAAAUAAAAUAAAAUGUUGACGUGGUGAGAAAAGCAACGUAGACUUUUAUUUUGAAGUCACUUUCCUUUUUGCCCACACGUAGGUCACGUGGUCACCUGAUCGCCUAGCACCGAGAAAAGCGUCGUUCUGAGCUUAUUGGAUUUGUUGUAGCGAAAAAGAUUUUCCUCCAGACUUAAGACCAUGGCAGGCCACAGAAGACGCUCGGUACUCAUUUGGAUCUGCCUUGUUGUGCCUUUUUUGCAGUCACAUUAUGCUGGUGUCAUUAGUUUUAAUACACUGACAUGGUAGAUAAAGAUUAGUUAGCAUGCUAACGAGCUAACUAGCCUCAUCAUCUCCGAACGACCACGCCUACCGGAGAAAGUGGCGGGUUCCUAGACAAGCAUGGGAAAACUACAGAGUAAGUUUCGCAAGAGAUCUGAGCUUUACAGAGCUUCCCAGGAGGACAAAGUAGAUAAUACUGUCUUUGGCAGUCAGGUGGUGCAGUUUGAACCAGCCCAUCAUGGAUCCAUCAACACUGUCACCAGUCUCAGCCCAGAGCUGUGUGUUUCUGGUGGGAGUGACCAGGCAGUGGUGGUGUAUGACUGGACACAAGGUCAGAUGUGUCAGUCCUUCCAGGGUCACAACCGAGAGGUUACCAAGGUCCUGUGUUAUCCUGGUAGUACAUGGAUCUUUAGUGCAUCAAGAGACAAGACUGUUCUAAUGUGGGACCUAAACCAAGGAGAUGAACAUAUUCAGGAAUUUUGUGGACAUGAGCUCGUGGUUAAUGGAAUAGCUGUCAACCCUGAUGGGACAAAGCUGUGCAGUGGCUCCCGUGAUAACUGGAUGUGCUUGUGGGAUAUAGAAUCUGCAAAAUGUGAACAAAAGCACAACAUUUCUCGAAACCUGGUGACUCAUGUGUGUUGGGUGCCAGCCAGCUCUUCUGUUGUCCAGACAUCUGAGGAUAAGACUAUAAGCGUUGUGGUUGUGUUUCUCUGCAGGGUGUGGGACAGCCGUGCGUGGCAGGUGACCAAUACUUUUCCAGCAAAGCAAUACAUUCAGACCCACUGUGAUGUUUCUCCAAAUGGAAACUACUUGGUGUCCAGCAGCAAUGGAUUUGGAGGCCAAGGCUGUGAAGCCACGCUUUGGGACUUGCGUCAGCCUGGUUGUAAGGUGGUCGAGUACAGAGGUCAUCUCCAGACCACAGCCUGCUGUGUGUUUUUGCCCCCUCCUUAUGAUGGCACAGCUCGGAUAGCAACAUCCUCCCAUGACAGCUCUGUCAAAAUCUGGGACCAAAACACAGCAGUCUGUUUAGGGACGCUGUCUCUGGAUGGUGCUGGUCCCCUGGUUUCUCUGGCUACCAUUGACUCCACCAAUCUGCUAUGUGCCAGCUUCAAUACCGGCCUUCACCAUAUCCAGAUGGAGCAGGGAUCAAACCGGGCUCAUGGUUCUGAGGCAGCUUCAGGUGUUGCUGGUGUACUUGACAUGAAAGUUGUUGCACGCUUCUGAUAAUCCGACUGAGAUAUCACCUCACAACAGCCAGCAGCACUGACUGAUGUGAACAUUUUUAAAAUCAAAUUUGCUUUCUACUGUAAUAGUCAUACAGGAGAUCUGUGAGAAAAUAGCAGAAUGGACUUGGGUUACCUGUAACAUCUGCUUUUCUGGGGGACUGGUUAGUAGGUCCAGUUACCUAUUAACCAACAAGAAUGUAAGCACACAAUAAGACUUGUUAGCACUGAGACUAAGCAUCCUGAGUCCACAUUUGGAGAUCCACACUUGCCAUGCAGAUAAAUUCAGUACCCUGUGCUGAGUUGCUACAGGAACUUUGUAUCAUUUUUCCUGAAUCUCACAGAGAACUGCACUCCAAACACAAAUUGAAUGUUUUUUUUUUUUUAAACAGAAGAAUCUGAUAUAGAAGACAGUCUGAUAUGUUGUCUUGUUUGUUAAGCCUUUCAUAGCUAAUUGUUAAUAUCUGCAAAACUGAAGAAUGAAGUACAUGCAUAAUUUAGUUUUGGCUAAUAUCAAUAAACAUAGCAGUGCUGAUGGCAUUAACCUUGUGAAGUUUAAAAACAAUGGAAUACUUUCAACACAGAUAUGAAUGUACUUACAUGCUUUUUCCCUUCAUAGAAUUAAUCUAUUGACAAUAUUUUAAGUGAAGAUGCUAAUAGUUUUAUGCCAAUAUUCUGUAUACUUCAAUGUUGAAAUGCCUAUGCAAAAUACCAGAGUAAUUAAUUUUUAAAAUAUUGUUAUAAUAAUCAAA